AUGGCGCCGCGCGAGGAAUCUCCCUAUACCACUCUGGGAAUUUCGAGUAAUUGUGACGAGAUUGAAAUCAAGAAAGCAUAUCGCAAACUCGCGUUGAAAUGGCAUCCCGACAAACACACAGACGAGAAAUCGAAAGAAGAAGCCGAGAAGCAGUUCAAGAAGAUUGCGCAGGCUUACGAGAUUCUCUCUGACAAGAAGAAACGAGCUGAUCUCGACCGCGCUGAGAAUCCGGCGAAUCAUCGCCGACGAAGUGCGCCAGGAUUCCGAACACAUGCCCACGACAACAUGUUCCGUUCGCCGUUCGAUAUUUUUCGCGAAUUCUUCGGACACCGGGAUCCAUUUGAGAAUGUCUUUUUCGACGAUGCUUUCACAUUUCCCGAUGUCGACUCGUACGUAUUCAAAAAUUGCAAUUUUUUAGAGCACAGUCAUCCGCGAACACCAGAUGCGAACCGGACCCGGUUUCCGUCAAGCCGAGUUCACAUUUUCUACGACGACAAUGCCAAUAAGAAGGACAAGGACAACAACAACACAUUUUCGACAGUGAUCCGGUUUUCGAGUCCAACGGAACCGGGAAAACCGGCGGUGGUCCGUAAAACAUCGACGUGUACAAAGGUUGUCGAUGGAAAGAAGAUUGUGACGAAGACUGUGGAGAAUGAGGACGAACACAUUGUUGAGGUUCAUGAGGACGGCGAGUUGAAGACUCGAACCGUCACCACACCGCCAACCUCACCAACAGUUAUCUCUGCCAAUUGA